GGCCCCCGUGUGUCACGUGGUCCACUGUUGUUUAUAUACUCCGGCUGUUUGAAGCCAGAAGACACAUCUGGACUCUCUUCCUCUCGUGCAGCUUCCUUUUCUUUCACACUUUUGCCAGUUGUGUGUUGUUUUGCCGGCUGUGCAGUGAAAGCACUCCCUCCCUCUCGAGGUGUUAUCCAGCGGUGAGAAUGACCCUGAGCCCCCUCCGGGACUGCUGCCUCAGCCGCGAGGCCCGCGAGGCCCGCGAGGCUCUCAGGAUCAGCCGUGGGAUCGAUUUCCAGAUCCGCCAGGAGAGAAAGGAGCUCAAGUUCCAGGUCAAGGUGCUGCUGCUGGGAAUUAAUGCGAGUGGGAAGAGCACGCUCAUCAGGCAGAUGAGGAUCCUUCAUGGCGGUGGAUACUCUGACGAGGACAAGAGAGGCUUCACCCGGCCGAUCCACCAGAACAUCUUCACAGCCAUGCAAGUCCUGAUCCGGGCCAUGGACACGUUACAGAUCCACUACAAGUGUGAACACAACCAGGCAAACGCCAGUCUCGUCCGUGGGGUGGAUGCGGAGAAGGUCACAACGUUAACAAAGCUUCAUGUUGACGCCAUCAGGAGCCUGUGGAGCGACCCAGGGAUUCAGGAAUGUUACGAUCUCAGGAGGAAAUACCAGCUCUUAGACUCGGCCAAAUACUACCUGAAUGACAUCGACCGAAUUUGUGACGCUGCUUAUCUCCCCACGGAGCAGGACGUGCUGAGGGUCCGGCUGCCCACCACUGCCAGUAUUACAGAUUACCCCUUUAAAGUGGGGGAUUUGUUCUACAGGAUGCUGGAUGUUGGCAGCUCGUAUUCAUGGAGGAAGUGGGACAAGUUCCAAUGUUUCGACGAGUGUCAGUCCAUCAUGUUCGUGGUGCCGCUCAGCGAGUACGACCAGCAGGAGAAUGGCAUGAAGCAAAGCGUCGACUUGUUCCGGACCAUCGUCACAUCGAGGAGCCUCCACUAUACUUUAUUAGUGUUGCUGCUCAACAAGACGGACCUACUGGAGGAGAAACUCAUGAACUCACAUUUGGUCGACUACUUCCCUGAAUACGAUGGCCCCCGCCGGAACGUCGUCGCAGCGAAAGAUUUCUUCGUCACGAUGUUCAGCGCUCUCAGUCCGCACAUCAUCGUCUACUCUCACUUCAUUUGCGCCACAGACACAAACAACACCAAGUUCUUCUUCAGAGAGCUGAACGAUCAGAUCCUCCGCAGGAACAUGGAAUGUGUCCUCUGUAAUUCAAUCUGCUCUGCAGGGAUUCAUUAAGAUGGACAUUAUGAUCCACGACAGGAAAUGGAGGCAAUGGAGACGCGAGUUUUCCUCAGCAGCACGUCACACCACGCAUCACGAGCAUCAGCAGCACGAGACGCCUCCCUGUGUACCGUCUUUGCUGUUCUUCACAUUUCAAUGAAAUCACGUCAAAAUAUAAACGUGUCGAAUAAAACUAAACAAAAUGUCCUUUCGGAGUUCAUGUUAACUCUUUCAGCGAGGCUCUUGUGAUUGACAGCUGGCUACCACGUGUUUUGGUCUCGUCCGUGUUUUCGUAUUACAACUUUAACCAAGAUGGCGACAACCAAAAACGCCAAACUGAAGGCUUUAAGACCACAAGCCGCCGGGUGACUUCACGGUCACUAAGUUCUAGUGCAGUCUCACUUGAGUUCUCUGAAGCUGGAGCUCUUGGUUGGUUUUCGGGGGUCACAGUUUAAUGGAUGAUUGAAGGACAUC